UUGUUGUUGUUAUUGUUUUAUUUUAAACACCAUCAUCAUCUGUCAUUGUGGUGGAAAAUUCUCUUACACGACGUAUUGAUGUUUGGCAACAAAAAUAGCCAAUAAAAAUGAUUAAUAUUAAAUCAAUUAUAAUAAUGAUAAUGAUACCGAUCCAGAACCAUUCUUUAUCAUAUUGUAUUGGACAAUAAUCAUUCAAUAUUUCCGUUGUUGAUGAUGAUGAUGAUUCUAUCUCAUUAUUGUUACAUUUUUUUUCUAUGCAAUCGUUUAUGAUUAUGAUGGUCGAAUCAAGUGAUAAAAUACAAUCAACAUCGAACAUCGAAAACAAUGACAACAAUACGAGCAUAUCGUUGUUAUCGACAACAAAAUCAAAUUAUAUGUCCAACAGAUAAUAGUCAACUAACGAAUGUAUAUAAAGCAUCGGAAUCAAAUUCCAGUAUUAAAUUGGGACCAAAUUUGUAUCAUAGACAAUUUACAAUAUCAUCUUUACCAGCAGUGGAUCAACAACAGCCAUCCAAAACAAAAUCUCGUACACAUGUGAUCUAUUAUACAAAGCAAUAUUCUGAUAAUAAUGGUGGCGGUGGUGGUGAGCAAAAUACAUUCGAUUUAAAUGAUGAAGAUGAACAUCAAUUUAUGCAUCAAACAAAUAUCGAUGAACAUAUUAUCGAUGAUGGUGGUGGCCAUCAACAACGUAAAUUAAAUAAAAUCAAAAUUAACACAUUCAUCGAUGAUAAUAAAGCAAUGAUUCGACGAAUGUUUGGCGAUUAUCAUCAUCAUUCUAAACAACAACAACAACAACAUGAUGGCCAUUUAACGCCAUUGUUACCUGAUGUUGGUGAUGAUGAUGUUGAUGGUGAAUUUCGUGAUCAUUUUUCAAGUUUUCAUGAUCACCAUUCAGGUCAUCAUCGUAGUCGGCGUUCGAUUAAACCAAAAUUAUUGUCUGGUAAUAAGGUCGAUUCAUGUGAAUCAACAGUGGAAAUUGUAACACCAUAUUGGGCAUCAAAUUCAGCAGGAAAAAUUCGUGCCAUUGUUAAUACACAACAUUUACAACAAGCAAUACAACAAGAAGUUUGCCAAGCUGUACAAACACGACGAUGUAAUAAAGAUUGCCGCUGUGAACAGAAAUAUAAAUGGCAUCGUUUAUUAGCCUAUGAUCCGGAUGAUGAUUGUAAAGGAAUAUUUAUGGAUUGGUUUCUAUUUCCAUCAUGUUGUGUUUGUCGUUGUGCCAAAUAUUGAUAUUGAUUGAUAUAUAUUGUAAUAUUGUUUUUUCCCACCCUCAUUCUCGGACACAAACGGAUUCCGGUUUCUGUGUGCGUGUGUGUUUGUGUUUGUAUUUAUGUUCGUUUGUAAUUUCAUCACAUAUCACAUCGUUAUCGUAAUCGUAAGCAUUCAAUCUGUAUUAUAAUUGCAAUUAUUAAAAGAGAUGGAUUUAAAAAAAA